UGUUUUAGUUUAUAGGUAUCAAUUCUCUUUUCUCCUCUGUUUCUGUCUCUCUGUGUGUCUCUCUCUGCCUCUCACUAGCUCACUCGCUCUCAGUCUGUCUCUCUCUAUCUCUCAUCUCUUAGAGUGAUAGGGAGAAAGAUCGCUUUAGCGAAGCAAGCUUGCAGCCAAUGAACCCGCCUUCCAGAUUGGUGUGAAGACAGAAGUGAGGUGGGGGGCGGGGAGGGGGUGUGAGAGAGACCGGGAGCGAGCGAGAGCGAGCGAGAGGGGAGCGGGAGUGAGAGGAAGCAGAGAGAGAGAGACGGGGAGAGAGAGAUACAGAGAGAGAGGAGGAGGACUAGUGUGGGGUGCAAAGGAAGAGUGAGCGAGAGCAAGUUGAGGGGAGGGCAUGUAAGAGCCGAGAAAUUCUUUUUCUUCUUCUAUUAUUAUUUUGACGACUCCCCGAGUUGCGCCCAUGCUGUUGUCAGCUUCGUUUUAGGCAGAGCAUGGCCAGACAGAAGAAAAUGGGGCAAAGCGUGCUCCAGGCGGUCUGCUUUUUAGUCCUGGGGCUUUUGGGUCAUUCUCACGGAGGAUUCCCCAACACCAUCAGCAUAGGUGGACUUUUCAUGAGAAACACGGUACAGGAGCACAGCGCUUUCCGCUUUGCUGUGCAGUUAUACAACACCAACCAGAACACCACGGAGAAACCCUUCCAUUUGAAUUACCACGUAGAUCACUUGGAUUCCUCCAAUAGUUUUUCUGUGACUAAUGCUUUUUGCUCGCAGUUCUCAAGAGGGGUGUAUGCCAUUUUUGGAUUCUACGACCAGAUGUCAAUGAACACUCUGACCUCCUUCUGUGGGGCCCUGCAUACAUCCUUUGUCACGCCCAGCUUUCCAACUGAUGCAGAUGUGCAGUUUGUCAUCCAGAUGCGCCCGGCCUUGAAGGGUGCCAUUCUGAGUCUUCUGGCUCACUACAAGUGGGAGAAAUUUGUGUACCUUUAUGACACAGAAAGAGGAUUUUCCAUACUCCAAGCAAUUAUGGAAGCAGCAGUUCAAAACAACUGGCAAGUGACAGCCAGAUCUGUGGGAAAUAUAAAGGAUGUCCAAGAAUUCAGGCGCAUCAUUGAAGAAAUGGACAGGAGACAGGAGAAACGAUACUUGAUUGAUUGUGAAGUUGAAAGGAUUAACACAAUUUUGGAACAGGUUGUGAUUCUUGGAAAACAUUCAAGAGGUUAUCACUACAUGCUUGCUAACCUGGGUUUUACUGAUAUUUUGCUAGAAAGAGUUAUGCAUGGGGGAGCCAACAUUACAGGAUUCCAGAUCGUCAACAAUGAAAAUCCUAUGGUUCAGCAGUUCAUACAGCGCUGGGUGAGGCUGGAUGAAAGGGAAUUUCCUGAAGCCAAGAAUGCCCCACUAAAGUAUACAUCUGCACUGACGCAUGAUGCAAUACUGGUCAUAGCGGAAGCUUUCCGCUACCUGAGAAGACAACGAGUGGAUGUGUCCCGGAGAGGCAGUGCUGGAGACUGCUUAGCAAAUCCAGCUGUGCCCUGGAGUCAAGGAAUUGAUAUUGAAAGAGCUCUGAAAAUGGUACAAGUACAAGGAAUGACUGGCAACAUCCAAUUUGACACCUAUGGACGUAGGACAAAUUAUACCAUCGAUGUGUAUGAAAUGAAAGUCGGUGGCUCUCGAAAAGCUGGCUACUGGAAUGAAUAUGAACGGUUUGUGCCUUUCUCGGAUCAGCAAAUCAGCAAUGAUAGUGCAUCCUCAGAGAACAGGACCAUAGUAGUGACAACCAUUCUGGAAUCACCAUAUGUGAUGUAUAAGAAGAAUCAUGAACAACUAGAAGGAAAUGAGCGAUAUGAAGGCUAUUGUGUAGACUUAGCUUAUGAAAUAGCCAAACAUGUAAGGAUCAAAUACAAAUUAUCCAUUGUUGGUGAUGGGAAAUAUGGUGCAAGAGAUCCAGAGACUAAAAUAUGGAAUGGCAUGGUUGGGGAACUUGUCUAUGGGAGGGCUGAUAUCGCUGUUGCUCCACUCACCAUAACCCUGGUUCGUGAAGAAGUCAUAGAUUUCUCAAAGCCAUUUAUGAGCCUGGGCAUCUCCAUAAUGAUAAAGAAGCCUCAAAAAUCAAAACCAGGCGUAUUCUCAUUUCUGGAUCCUUUGGCUUAUGAAAUAUGGAUGUGCAUCGUCUUCGCAUACAUUGGAGUCAGCGUAGUUCUUUUCCUAGUCAGCAGAUUUAGCCCUUAUGAAUGGCACUUGGAAGACAACAAUGAAGAACCUCGUGAUCCCCAAAGCCCUCCAGAUCCUCCAAAUGAAUUUGGAAUAUUUAACAGUCUUUGGUUUUCCUUGGGUGCCUUUAUGCAGCAAGGAUGUGAUAUCUCUCCAAGAUCACUCUCCGGGCGCAUUGUUGGAGGUGUUUGGUGGUUUUUCACCCUGAUCAUAAUUUCUUCUUAUACUGCCAAUCUUGCUGCUUUUCUGACUGUGGAGAGGAUGGUUUCUCCCAUAGAGAGUGCUGAAGAUUUAGCUAAGCAGACUGAAAUUGCUUAUGGGACCCUGGACUCCGGUUCAACAAAAGAAUUUUUCAGAAGGUCCAAAAUCGCUGUCUAUGAGAAAAUGUGGUCUUACAUGAAAUCAGCAGAGCCAUCUGUGUUUACCAAAACAACAGCAGACGGAGUGGCCCGAGUGCGGAAGUCAAAGGGAAAGUUUGCCUUCCUGCUGGAGUCAACCAUGAAUGAGUACAUCGAGCAGAGAAAACCAUGUGAUACCAUGAAAGUUGGUGGAAAUCUGGAUUCCAAAGGCUAUGGUGUGGCAACCCCUAAAGGCUCAGCAUUAAGAACGCCUGUAAACCUUGCAGUAUUGAAACUCAGUGAACAAGGCAUCUUAGACAAGCUGAAAAACAAAUGGUGGUACGAUAAGGGGGAAUGUGGAGCCAAGGACUCCGGGAGUAAGGACAAGACCAGCGCUCUCAGCCUGAGCAAUGUGGCAGGCGUUUUCUAUAUACUGGUCGGAGGUCUGGGGCUGGCCAUGAUGGUGGCUUUGAUAGAAUUCUGUUACAAAUCACGGGCAGAGUCCAAACGCAUGAAACUCACAAAGAACACCCAAAACUUUAAGCCUGCUCCUGCCACCAACACUCAAAAUUAUGCUACAUACAGAGAAGGCUACAACGUGUAUGGAACAGAGAGUGUUAAGAUCUAGGGGUACGGUUAAGAUCCCUUUCCAAUGGAGGCAUGUGACAAGAGGAAUCACCGAAAACGUGGCUGCUUCAAGGAUCCUGAGCCAGAUUUCACUCUCCUUGAUGCCGGGCAUGACACGAGUAUUGCUGAUGGUGCAAUGACCUUUCAAUAGGAAAAACUGAUUUUUUUUUCCUUCAGUGCCUUAUGGAACACUCUGAGACUUGUGACAAUGGAAACCAUCAUUGAAAUUUUUUUGCUUUGCUUGAAAAAAAUAAACAUAAAACCAACAAAAAAUGGACAUGCAAGAUUCCAGUAUGAAAAAAAAAAUCUUAUUAAAAAAGUCAAAUCAACAAAAGCCAUUCUUUGAUACCACUGCACAGUAUACAAACACAAACACCAUGUUCUUUAAUACACACAUACAAAUUUAAAAUUCCAAUUCAGUAAAUAGGCCCAUCUUAGCUAAAAUGAUUACUUCCUCCUAAUUAAAAAAAAUAUGAUUUCUGACUCCCUGUGAUUGGGAAGACGGACUGGCAUUUCUUCUAGGAUCUGCUGAUCAGAUGUUUUUGGUAUUUCCUGUUGGUGGUGAUAUUCUGUGCACCCUAUUUCCUCUCAACAUUGCUGAAAUGUGUAUAUCUUUAGAAAGUAAAUGCAAGACUUAGAAAAUUCAAAUACUUUUGAGGAGGGACUAAAUGGUGACUUCUCUGUGUCCUCAUGUUGGUCUUGUGAAAAUGCUUUGGUAACUUCGCAUUUGGUGAAGGGAUUAACAGAGCUUUCAAAAUUGUCUUCUGUGCAUAGCAAGGGAUGGGCACUAUCAGGCAAACCUCUAGGUGCUUUCCUAAAAUGGAUCCCAGGUUUUCCAAGCCUGGAAUUUCGCCGACAGAUCUGUUUUUUCUUGCUCCAGUGUGAACUAUUAGUCAAUAUAGUUGCAUUAUUUCACAUUGAGGUGAGGGGAAAGCUGCCUAUACUCCCAAAUGUGUUUAGAAUAUCUUCCUCAGAAACAACACUGUGUUCAGCUCUGCUUUCUCUGCUAAGUAUGCCUUUCAAGUGUAUACCAUGGAGACAGGACCGGGUUUCAAGGCAGGCCAGUGAGUGCAGACCAUAGUUCUCAACCUGACUUUACUCUUGCUAGGUCUGUCUUACCAGUUGUUGCCUGUUACUGCCCGUGGCUCUCCAUCAGACUGCAUGUAUCCUUUCCUAGUUUGCAAAGACUAAAAUGCAUUCCCAAGCCUACUGCUAAACUGAGGGCCUCAGCAUCACUCCCAGGUCCUUGCUUGGAGCAAUCUCUCUACUGACUCUCUCAGAAGAUCGCUCCACUGUUCCAUGGGCUAUCAAGUAACUAAUUGUGUACCUGCCAUUGGCAUCAUCAGAACAGUCUGAGGAAAUAGCCUCUGCUCACUAAUUACCUCCUAUAUAACGACGUAUGCUUUCUGUAGUUCAGUAGUAUGCUCUCAUCAGUGAUGUGGAUCGAGAAGUUUCCAGACUGUAAAAACUUGGAGCUUGAAUUCAUUUCCCAAGUAUGACCCUUAGAUGCUUAGUUAACUCGCUGCAUAUUUGCUCUUGACUUCAGAAAAGAAAGGAAGAAGUCUUGUUCCAAGGAAAUGUUUCCAGAAAAGUGUAAUAUAGACUUUCAUUCCAAAAGGGUGUCAUAAGCAAAUAACUCACUUGUCAAUUUUUAAAUGAUAUUGAACAACAAAAACAAAAAAAGAGAAACCUGUUGUGUUUUUGUUCUGUUUUGUUUUAAUGAAACUGUGAUUUUCAACUUUUGAAUGCUACAAUGUCCCAAUGUGGGAAGCUAAUGCUGUGUGAAUAUGAAGUUGUGUAAAACAAACCAACCAACCUACACACAAAUGUUUUCAUAGGCACUGGAUAAAGAUAAAUUUAUGUUUAUUGACUCAAAUCAGUUUUUCAGAGAGGAAAUUUCACUGAGAAUGAAGAGGCAGGUAAAUUGGUUUGUUAUUUUUAAAAAAAACUUGCAUGUUUAAAAAAAACAUUGAUUGCUUCAAAUUUCUGCUACUAACUUCAAGCUAUGGGAGUUUGGCGGUAGUAACUUGAGGAUUUUUUUUCAAUUCUUUUCUUUUUGUUGUUAAAGCUGUACUUCAGUGAACAGAAUAAUUGCCAAGCAAACUAAUGGCCGUAAAAGUGUAAAUUGCAUGUGUGGGGGGAAAUUAUGGAGCCUCAUUGCUAUGAGGUAUUGUACAAAGUUUUAAUACAUUUUGUAAAUAAAAUUGUAAAGAAAUAA